AUGGCCGUGCCACCCUCCACCCAUUCCCGUCGCCUCCUGCCCCUCUUCCUGGGGCUUUUCCAGGGUGCCCUGCUCCUCUUCUUUGCCCUCUUUGUCACCUAUGAUGAGGCUUCAGCGCAGGCGGAGGAUACCAACUUGGUGGCCAACCAGGUCUACAGCACCUUCCCCUUCUUCCAGGAUAUCCAGGUGAUGCUGGUGGUGGGGCUGGGACUCCUGCUGACCUUCCUGCCCCGCUACGGGUUCAGUGCCCUCACCCACAACUUCCUCCUGCUCAUCUUCUCCGUGCAGUGGGCACUGGUGCUGCAGGGCCUGCUCCACCACUUCCACCACGGCCAGAUCCACCUGGACCUCCACAAACUCCUCAUCUCUGAGUUCGCUGCUGUGACAGUGCUCAUCUCCGUGGGGGCCAUCCUGGGGAGGGCCAGCCCCUGCCAGCUGCUCGUCAUGGCCAUCUGUGAAAUCCCCAUCUACCUCACCAGCGAGUGGGUCAUUGUCACCUGUCUGGGUGUCCAGGAUGUGGGUGGCACCAUCACGAUCCACGUCUUCUCCUGCUAUUUUGGCCUCGGUGUCUCCAAGGGUCUGUUCAGGGCAACGCAGCAGCCAUUGCACCCCAAGGAGACCCCAACAUCCCGCUCUGAUCUCAUGUCCCUGGUGGGGACACUCAUCCUCUGGGUUUUCUGGCCCAGCUUCGUGGCUGUCCUCUGCCAGCCGGGCAAUGCCCAGCACCGCGCCAUCCUGAACACCCUCCUGGCCAUGAAUGCCAGCGCCAUAACCACUGUUGUGGCCUCCAGCCUGCUGGAGAGGGACGGCAGGCUCAGCCCCGGCCACCUGCAGAACGGCAGCCUGGCCGGCGGGGUGGCCAUCGGCGUGGUGGCCGACAUGUCCAUGCCACCAGUGGCCGCUCUUGCCCUCGGCAGCCUCUCGGCCGUGGUGUGUGUCCUCGGCUUCAGGUUCCUCGCCCCGCUCCUGGGGAGGAAGCUCACAUUCCACGACCAGUGCGGCAUCCACAACCUCCACGGCUUGCCCGGCAUCCUCGGCGCCGCAGCCAGCGUCGUGGCCGUCCUGGUGGCGUCCAAGGACACCUCCGGGUCCCACUCCUUUCAGCUGUCCCCCGUUGGGGGCAAUGCCAGCGAGGUGGUGGAGGGACAGUGGAGGGGCCGCGGGGGGGGCGGGCAGGCGCUGUGCCAGGCAGCGGGGCUGGCGGUGGCCGUCGGUGCCUCGCUGCUCGCCGGGCUGCUCACCGGUGCCGCCCUCCGGCUGCCCUGCCUGGCCCGGCCGCCCGAGCGGCUCUGCUUCGAUGAUUCGCUGUAUUUUAAGAUCCAGGAUCAGGCUGAGAGCCCGGGGCCAGACAGCAGCGCUGAGGAAGGAGCCCUGGCUCUGAAGGAGCAGGUUUAG